GGAUAUAUCCGGAGAUGACCGCAAACCCAUUUCUCCACGCGCAUGCGCGAUGCGUGACAAUACGAAUAGGUCAAGUUACCCAGCCUCCAGGAUCGAAAAUGGCGUCUGCCAACUUGUCUUUUACGCAGGACGGGCUGAUAUAUCACCCUCAGCACUUCGAGGAUGACGAAGACGACGAGUUUCUGUCCGGAAAUUCGCAGAAAGACGGAGGAGACAUCUGUCGUGUGUGCCGCACUGGGUCCACGCCCGGACGACCUCUCUUCCACCCCUGUCUCUGCACUGGCAGCAUCAAGUUCAUUCACCAAGAGUGUCUUGUUCAGUGGCUAAAGCAUAGUGGAAAGAGUCACUGUGAGCUCUGCAAACAUGAAUUUGUGUUCAACCCCAUCUACCAUCCGAGCAUGCCCCAGAGUCUCUCCUUCUCCAAGUUUUUCCGCGGAGUCCUGAAGGGCAUGGCUAAAAAUGUCCGCCACUGGCUCCAUCUCUCUCUGGUGGCGUUUGUCUGGCUCUUCAUCAUGCCUGUCUGCAUCUAUCGGAUCUACCGAGUUCUGUUCUAUGGGACUCUAUGGUCGUUUGUGCGGUUCCCUCUGGAGCUCAUAUCACUGGAGAACCUGGCCAGUGAUGGGUUCUACGGUCUGGUGAUUGUCCUGCUGUCACUCCUGGGGUUCAUCAGCGUGGUCUGGCUCCAGGACCAGAUUCGUAAUGGCGGCGGUCCGCAGUGGCUCGAACAGGACCGCAUCGAGGGGGAGCGGAGGGAAGCCGUUGCUAGGGACGGCCAUAGACACCAGCAGGCAGACCGCCCUGACUUUGACGAGGAGGAGGAGGAUGACCAGGAAGAGGAGGAGGAGGAGGAGGAACUAGCUGCAGAGGCAGUACUGCUGCAGUUAUCCCCUCGGAGGAGAGAGGCUGCGCGGGCUGUGGAGGAGAUACAAGAGAAGAGGUCCCGCUACAUGAAGCAGCUGCAGGAGGUCCAGAGUCGCCGGUUCGACCAGAAACUGGAGCAUUUGAGAGUGAGAGAGCUGGAGCUCUCGUACGACCUCGGGGCGGGCCAGCGACACUUCAUGAUGGUCCUGCGGGGGGCGAGGAUGAAGCAAGGGCGGAGGAAUGAGGGGUGGCGGGAGCGACACAGGGUGCGUCGGUACCGGGAGGAGACGGGGGACGAGGGGGCCACCCCACCAGAGUCUUACAAGGCCCCCGACCCCAUACCCCAUACUCCACCCCCGUCGGAUUGGGGUGAAGCCUUUACCCCUGAAGAAGUCACUGUUAUGCAGCUCAUCCGACGAGAGAGAAGGGAGAUGGACGUGACAGAGAGGGAGGAGACGGAGAGGAGACUGGAGCAGGUGAGGCAGGAACAACGGAGGAUCCUCAGGAACCAGCAGGAACACACCGAGAUGAUCUGCCAGGUGAUGACGUAUGGAGAGCACUAUGUGUUUGGAGUCACCCACCCGGACGAGGGGAAGGAGGAGGAGGAGGAGACAGAGGUGGAGGGGUGGGAUGCCGACAUGGAGAAUGCCGAAGUCGGGAAACUGCUGCCAGUGGAGAGUGCUCUAAUUAGAAGACUCCGCGUCACAAAAUUCAAACUAGUGGAGGCAACGAGGAGAAAAGAACGGAUAGCAGCUGGUCUGAUUGCGGAGGACCGACCUGUUGGACAGGACGGGCAGAACGAAGGUGGACAGGAAAACAGAAGAUGGUACAACAGACUGCUGGGAAGACCCCAGAAUGACGCUGUGGCCCCGCCCCUUCCCCCGAGGCCAGCCAACAACAGACCAAACAUUGGGAGAGCGUUAGUGGGACUGGCUCGAGACCGCCCACCAGAGCCUGGCAGGCCAGAAUUGAAUGAGGAGAUCACGUGGGCUAGAUUGCUGGGGCUGGAUGGGACCUACCGUUUCCUGGAACAUGUCCUGUGGCUCAUCUGCCUCGUGUCGGCUCUUAUUAUGAGCUUCAUCUUCGUUCCGUACCAGAUUGGGAGACUGGCAGCUGCCCUCACUUCCCUCUGGGACGUGGUGGGAAUAGUCACGUGGAGAGGAGCAGUCGCUACUUUCAUCGGCUACAUCGUCGUCUGUUGUGUCAUCAUUGCCUUCUACUAUGGGAUGGGAUGGAUAAGACUGCCAAGAGUGCAAAGUGUCCUGGGAGUGAUGUAUGUGGCUAUCAAGGUUGGGAUGAUACUGGCAGUGGAGGCUGGGAUAUUCCCUCUCUUGUGUGGCUGGUGGAUCGACAUCUGCGCCUUUGGUCUGUUUGGGUCAACGCUGUCCUCGAGACAAGAGAGCCUCCAAAAAGCUCCAGGUACGAUAAUGUUUCUCCACUGGCUGGCUGGCAUGAUCUUCAUCUUCUACCUCGCCUCGUUCGUGAUGCUCCUGAGAGAGGUCCUCCGACCUGGCGUCCUCUGGUUCCUCCGCAACCUCAACGACCAAAACUUCCACCCCAUACAAGAGAUGAUUGGGCUGCCGAUGCAGAGGCACUUGCGGAGAUUUGUCAUGUCUUGUUUGAUGUUUGGAGUCUGUGUGAUGUUUGCUCUGUUCAUUCCGAGUCGAGUCAUCUCCUUCCUCUUCCCCUCUUUCCUUCCCUUCAACCUCACCAUUGCCAGUUCCAUCAGUCCGAUAAGAGAGAUCCAGCUGGAGCUGAUUCUACUGCAGUUUGUGGUCCCGACGCUCCUAGAGCACGGCAACAGUCGGGCCGGCCUCAAGUUCCUCAUCAAACACUGGGCCAGACUCUCCGCCUAUCUGUUGUGAGUCUGAUAUACAACUGGCCCCUAUGAGUGAGGUACUAACUAGCCGAUGUGCUGUUGUGGACGUAGCCUAUGUACCGUUGUGAGUCGAUACUCUUUAAUACCAUUGUGUUGCCACUGGGCCAGACUCUCUGCUUCUCUCUUAUGAGUCUUAUACUGGGCCUGAUUACUUCACUGGUGUUGAAAUGAGUCGUCAGUUUUUAGUCGCAUCUUCUGCUAAAUUGCUACGUUGUGCGUCCCUUCGUUAGUUGUAUAACGGAUCACAACUAAGUAAUGCGCCUCUUGUUCAUUGUCUCUGUCACCCAGUGGUCUCCAGUCAUAUCUUCUGGACAAGGCACAGACUGGGGGUGAUGUUGUCGAUGUACACGAGAACAUUAUCCAUCAAAUACCACACGAUACCAUCAGGGACCGUGACGGUCCACCAGAACAAGACCAAGCUGACCGUGAUGGUCCACCCGAGCAAGACCAAGCUGACCGUGAUGGUCCACCCGAGCAAGACCAAGCUGACCGUGAUGGUCAACCCGAGCAAGACCAAGCUGACCGUGACGGUCCGGUGUAUGACGGACCGGUCCAGAUCCUGGGACCUGGCUUUGCUCCAUUCAAGCCUUACCUUCGACCUCGCUUCUUCUACCUCAGACUGGUUGGGUUUCUGCUGUUCACUGCCGCAGUGUCUAUCGCCACCAGUGUUGCCUCUAUGACCCUCCCAGUGUCAGUGGGUCGCCUGCUGAUGAGUCUGGUGGGAGUGUCAGAGGCUCCAGAUAUAUACACUGCUGCAAUAGGCCUCUACGCAGUGUGGCUGGUCCUGAGGGCCCUGAACACUCUGCUCCACUACAUGUCCCAGGGUCUGUCCACGCUCGCCUGGCAGAUAUCCAUCUGGUCCCUACAGGGAGGCAAGUGUGUAGUGGCAGGAUUCUUACUCCUGGUGGUGAUUCCUCUCCUGCUGGGCCACCUGGUGGACCUCGUCGUCAUAACUCCUCUCAGAGUACCCAGCAACAGAACCCCUCUCUUCUACCCUUCCACCGAGUGGGCGCUGGGGCUACUGCACACCAAGUGCAUCUGUGGCGCCAUUUGGCUCACCAACAUCCCUUUCAAACGAACCCUGGAUCAGGUGUAUCAGGCAGGAGUGAGGAAUCUUGACCUGACGUUCAUCUUCAAGAACGUGGCAUGGCCAGUCAUCGCGGGGCUCUCUCUCACCAUAGCUCUACCUUACGUCGCCUUCAUGGGCAUCGUCCCUCUCACUGGACUGCCCUAUGAGCACUGUCUGUUGGUGUAUCGAUACUUCUUCCCCGCACUGAGUCUCAUUCUCCUGGUCUACCUCCUCGUUACACUGGCCGUGAGGCGAGUCAACAAACUCUACAUCAAAGUCAAGAACGACAAAUAUCUGGUGGGUAGACAGCUGGUUAACUACGGAACCUCACCAACUGAGCUCUUCCUGGAGGAAAUUGAGGACUCUGAACCUGUCCAGGAGUCUGGAGAACAUUAGGUGUCAUUACAUAAUGUUUUGGUCUUCAGCACAUCUCAGCUCUUCUUCUCAGUGUAUAUAUAGUUGUCUACUAUAUAAGAGUGUGUGUUUCUCUCUUUUAUAAUAUAACAUCAUAAGUGAUUCUGUAAGCAUCAUGUUCUUUCAUGGAGUUGAGUUCAGUGAAGUUAUGGUGACUGUGAUAAUAAGGGGUGACCCUGUGGAAUGAUGAAUUACCUAUAAUUAUUAUGAUGAUGGAGUUUUUGGGGCUCUAGCUCCAAAGAUGCUAGAACCAACUCUGACAUUACUGCUGCCAGCAGCUACUGCCUGUGUGAAGUCGGCCGACAUGCCCAUGCUCAGCUCGACCGUCCGAGGCUGUACGCCCAGCUGAGAACACAGGUCCUCCCUCGUUCUUGCCAGAACCUCAAAGUCAGGGUUUGGUCCUGUGGCGUAGUCGUGGCCCAUUCUCCCUAUUGUCAUCAAUCCACGGAACUCGAGCCCAGGGCAGUUGUUUCGGACGUGCUCUACUGAACGAGGGAUGUCCUGUGGCUGGCACCCCGAUUUAGCCUCUUCGCCACUCGUGUUCACCUGGAGAUAGAUUCUGAGUCUCUGCUCGGUCUGCUUCUUUCUCCAGCUGCUGUCUAGAGCAGUGGCCAAUCGGUCGGAGUCGACCGUCUCCACCAUCCACAGUCCAGGUGUUGAGACGAGGCUGUUGCACUUGUUUCGCUGUAAAUGACCGAUAAAGUGCCAGCGAAUGUCCAGGGAGGCUAGACUGGGGUCAUUGGCCUUUUCCACCAGCUCUUUGACGUAGUUUUCUCCAAAGUGUCUCUGUCCGCUCUCGUAGGCCCACCGAACCACCUCCGCUGGUUUGGUCUUUGACACUGCCACUAGUCUCGGCUCUGGCUGUUUCUCGCGCCAGGAAGACAGACGGUACGCAGUCUGGAGAGUAUUUCUCACCGUUUCCAACCCACCUGAGAUGCUCUCUCUCGUCGGAGAGGAAGGUGAGCUCAUUUUUCAGCCUGCCUGCUGUCCUGUCCUGCAGUCCGUUUACGCUCCGCCCAU